AUGGCGUGCAUGGGUCCGCCGCUGCCCGAUCCGACACCCUAUCCCACGUACACGGCGGCGCCGACCUACACGCCAUAUCCCACAUACACGCCGGGUCCGACGUACACACCGUAUCCGACACCGACACCUACCCCCACGCCCUACCCCACGUACACGCCAUAUCCGACCUAUACACCACUACCGAUCCCGGCGGACACCAACGAGGUUUCCGAUGGUGAGUUGGUAUCCGACCUGAUAACGUGCCUGGAGCAAACGCCCUGGCUUUGGGAAAUCAUGAAAUCGGCGAUGGCGGAGGAAUUUGCUGAAAUGGGGUUGUCGGGGGCGGUGACGGAAGAGAGCGAGCCAGAAGACCUGCGGUUAUUGUUCGUUUUAGCCAUUCAGGACGACGAAUCACUCAGGGACGAUAUAACCGCCAUCGCGACCGAGUGCAACUGA